AUGGCAAUGGCGAUGGCUGCCAGGUUGUCCUGUCCAGCCCAGCAUAAACAGCAACCGCAGCUGCUCCUCGCUGCCCAGCCUGGGGAAACCCAAGCCUUUGGGGGUCCCUUUGGCUGCUGUUGCAACCUCCAGUGCAACAAACAGGGUGAUAAGGCUGGCGUCGCAGAAGGUGUCUUGGCACGCGAGGGCGAAGGCGCGGAAGGACCAGUGGAGAGCCCGAGGUUCAGCAAUACAAUUACAUUUGAAAUGUCUUUUCAGUCCCCCAAAUCUUGGAUCGAAGAGGUCUUCAGUAAAAGAGAGUGUGCACAUAUCAUUCCCAGUUCAAAAGAUCCUCACAGGUGUCCUGCAGGAUGCCAGGUGUGCCAGAAUUUAAUCAGAUGUUGCUGUGGACGGCUGAUUGGAGAUCACCCAGGAGUAGACUGUAGCUGGCCUGUUUAUCAGGCUGCCCCACAGAGAGAUGAUGGAGAAUGGUCUGUGCAAAAACACACAAAGAUGAGUCCAACGGAUGCAUUUGGUACAAUCAAUUUUCAAGAUGGAGAUCACACUUACCAUGCCAAGUAUAUUAGACUCUCUUAUGAUAGCAAUUUGGAUCAGCUGUUGCACCUGAUGGUUAAAGAAUGGCAGAUGGAGUUGCCAAAGCUAGUGAUCUCUGUUCAUGGAGGCAUUCAAAAUUUCAAGCUUCCCUCAAAGGUCAAGCAGGUUUUCAGUAAAGGAUUGGUGAAGGCUGCUGAGACUACAGGAGCAUGGAUAAUUACAGAAGGCAUCAAUAGCGGAGUGUCCAGACAUGUGGGGGAUGCACUGAAAGGCCGUGCCUCACCACACCUGAGAAAGAUCUGUGCUGUUGGGAUUCCUCCAUGGGGUAUCAUUGAGAACCAGAGGGAUCUCAUUGGAAAAGAUGUAGUUUGCCUGUACCAGACUCUUGGUAAUCCACUCAGCAAGCUAAGUACCCUCAACAGCAUGCAUUCUCAUUUUCUAAUGGCAGAUGAUGGGACAGUAGGCAAGUAUGGGAAUGAAAUGAUGCUCAGGAGGAAUUUUGAGAAGUACAUAUCACUUCAAAAAAUACACACAAGAAUGGGCCAAGGUGUACCCGUAGUUGGGUUGGUGGUGGAAGGAGGCCCCAAUGUGAUCCUAAUGGUGUGGGAGUACGUGAGGGCCAGCCCAGCUGUCCCCGUGGUGGUCUAUGAGGGCACUGGCAGAGCUGCAGAUAUCCUGGCUUUUACCCACAAACACACGGGUGAUACGGGGGAGCUGCGCCCUCAAGUGAAGGAGGAGGUCUUAGUGAUGAUUCAAAACACAUUUAGCUUGGGACAGAAACAGUCCAGUCAUCUAUUUCACAUUUUGAUGGAAUGCAUGGAGCACAGAGAGUCCAUAACCGUAUUUGAUGCGGAGUCAGAAGAUCAGCAGGACAUUGAUUUGGCAAUUCUGACUGCUCUCUUGAAAGGUACAAAUAUGUCUGCUUCAGAUCAGCUAGAUUUGGCAUUGGCCUGGAACCGGCUAGAUAUUGCCAAGAAACACAUACUGGUUUAUGGACAGCACUGGAAGGUUGGUGCCUUGGAACAGGCAAUGCUGGACGCUUUAGUGAUGGACCGUGUGGAUUUUGUGAAGCUCUUAAUAGAGCAUGGAGUGAACAUGCACCGUUUUCUUACCAUAUCUCGUUUGGAAGAACUCUACAAUACAAAACAAGGACCAUCAAAUCUACUUCUGCAUCACCUAGUUCGAGAUGUGAAACAGAAUACCCUUUCCUUGGAUUACAAGAUAUCACUGAUUGAUAUUGGGCUGGUGAUAGAGUACCUCCUUGGUGGAGCUUAUCGGAGCAGCUACACAAGGAAGCACUUCCGAAUUCUCUACAAUGAUCUCUACAGAAAACACAAGAGCCUGUCUCAUUCCCUUCAUCAGAGUAAUCAGACAGGUAGCAGAACGGGGUCUGCUGAAAGUACUUUGCAUUCUCAGUUCUUCAGAACAGCACAGCCUUACAAAUACAAGGAAAGAUCCACUGCUUUCCAUAAGUGUAAGAAGAAAUCAAAGGAGGAUAUAAACUUUGCAGAGAACUAUGAGUCAUCUGGCUUUAUCUACCCCUAUAAUGACCUCCUGGUUUGGGCCGUAUUAAUGAAAAGGCAGAAGAUGGCAAUGUUCUUCUGGCAGCACGGAGAGGAAGCCAUGGUCAAAGCCGUUGUGGCUUGUAAACUCUACAGGGCGAUGGCACAUGAAGCUAAACAGAGCAACAUGGUGGAUGACACUUCAGAAGAACUCAAGACGUACUCAAAGGAAUUUGGGCAGCUUGCCUUAGAUGUGCUGGAGAAAGCAUUCAAACAAAACGAGCAGAUGGCUAUGAAGUUGCUGACCUAUGAACUGAAAAACUGGAGCAACUCAACUUGCUUAAAACUAGCAGUGUCUGUGGGGCUGCGGCCUUUUGUAUCCCAUACUUGCACACAGAUGCUGCUGACCGAUAUGUGGAUGGGCCGUUUGAAGAUGCGGAAGAACUCCUGGUUUAAGGUCAUUAUGAGUAUUCUCCUGCCUCCCACCAUCUUGAUGCUGGAGUUUAAAAGCAAGGCAGAAAUGUCUCAUGUGCCUCAGUCUCAAGACUUCCACCAGUUCACAUGGUAUCAUGGGGAUCAGAGCCCAGCCAGCUCUAAAGAUGUCUUGUCUCUGAAAGAUUAUGAUGUGGAGAAGAUUGCUCAGAAGUCUGAUGAAAGCCAAGUAGACGGUGGCCAAGGAAACCUGCCUGGCACUAGGAAAAUCUAUGAGUUCUACAACGCACCAAUUGUCAAGUUCUGGUUUCACACGAUGGCGUACAUGGCGUUCCUCAUGCUCUUCACUUACACUGUGUUGGUGAAGAUGGAACCAAGACCGAGUGUGCAAGAGUGGCUUGUUAUCAUUUAUAUUUUCAGCACUGCUAUUGAAAAAGUCAGGGAGGUAUUUAUCUCAGAACCUGGAAAAUUCCGCCAAAAAGUGAAGGUGUGGAUUUAUGAAUACUGGAAUUUUACUGAUUCUAUAGCAAUCAUCCUGUUCAUGAUUGGUUUUGGCUUGCGCUGGUCCGACCCCCCUGUUCAAACUGCAGGGAGGCUACUUUACUGCUUGGAUAUAAUAUUUUGGUAUGCUCGGCUCCUUGAUCUUUUUGCUGUAAAUCAGCAUGCUGGCCCAUACCUGACAAUGAUUGGGAAGAUGACAGCAAACAUGUUCUAUAUUGUGGUCAUGAUGGCCAUAGUCCUGUUGAGUUUUGGAGUGUCACGAAAGGCAAUCCUUUCACCAGAGGAGCCUCCUUCUUGGACUCUGGCACGAGAUAUUGUAUUUCAACCCUACUGGAUGAUGUUUGGUGAGGUCUAUGCUGGAGAAAUAGAUGUCUGCGAAACCAAUGAAGACUGUCCUCCUGGCUCCUUCCUCACGCCGUUCCUCCAAGCUGUCUACCUCUUUGUGCAGUACAUCAUCAUGGUCAACUUGCUUAUUGCUUUCUUUAAUAAUGUUUAUUAUGAUUUGAAAUCCAUAUCGAACAAGCUCUGGAAGUACAAUCGGUACCGCUACAUUAUGACCUACCAUGAGAAGCCAUGGCUGCCUCCACCUUUCAUCCUUCUGAGCCACAUUGGACUUCUGAUAAACCGCAUCUUCCACCAUCGGCCACCAAAUGAGCUGGAUCAAGAGGAAGGCGAUGUUGGACUAAAGCUGUACCUCAGUGAUGAGGAGUUAAAGAAACUCCAUGACUUUGAGGAACAGUGUGUGGAAAAAUACUUUCAUGAGAAGAACGAAAGCCUGAGUUCCAGUGACAGUGAAAGGAUCCGUCUGACAACAGAAAGAGUGGAAGAGAUGUUUCUGCAGCUUAAAGAAGUGCAUGAGAAGGUAUUUUAUAUCAAGGAGUCUUUACUCUCCCUGGACAGCCAGCUAGGACAUUUGCAAGACCUGUCUGCCUUGACAGUGGACAUCCUGAAAGUGCUUUCAGCUGUAGACACCUUGCAGGUGGAAGAAGCCUUAUUGGCUGACACAAAACAUCAAACCUGUAGGAAGCUGCCCCAUAGCUGGAGCAAUGCGCUCUAUUCCAAGACCUUGAGCAGCCUAGAGUGUUUGUAUGACAAGAAGUACCGCUAUUACAGCAUGCCACCCUCUCUCUUACGGAGCCUGGUAAGGAGUCAGUGGCCAUCAGACCACGUAUUGAGGACUGAGACUAACAAGAUGGUAGAAGACAGCUCUCGAAAGAUAGAGAUAGAAAGUGACACACUCACUUCAGGAGUAUCCUCUGAGAUGAAGUCAACCCCUAGAUAUGGACAAUUUUUGUUGGUGCCCCCUGACCAUCAGGGAGGGUCUUUCUCUGAGGAUGUCACCUUAAAUUUGUCCUUUUUAAGCACUCCUGCCAAGUACAGGGACGAUGCAUUUAGAGAUGAACUGCAGAGUAGCAUUGUGAUGCAGCAAAACUUGCGGAGUGUCAGCCUCAUUGGAAAAGAGCCAGAAGAUUAUCAAUGGAGCCAGAGAGACUUUGUUAUUCAUUUGCCAUCAGAAAAGACUAAUGCCGUAGAAGCUGAUCAUCCUCUUGGUCUCCAGCCAUCGCUGGAUAUUGAAGAGAGUGCAGCACCCUGCUGUGGUGACAGGGAAGAAACUGAAGGUGGUUAUGUGAACUGGGGAUUCUCUGAAGGUGAUGAAAAAGGGGUUUUCAGCUCAAGGAAGAAACAAAAGAAGGCCCUGUGCAUACAUUCCACCUAUAAUCGUGACUGCAAUUGCACAGGUAGUCCUCCCAGGCAUGGCCAGAUAAGAGAAUCGAAGUCCUUCUCCUACAACUCCAACAGGUCACGUCACAGCAGCAUCAUCUCUCAGAACAAGCUAAAACGCAGCACCUCCUUCUGGGUCAGCCCACUCUGGAGGGACUGGAGUUUCUGCAGGAGCAACAGCUUACAGUCCCCUAAGAAAGAGAAAAGAGGGAAAACCUGCAAGGCCAUAGGUAGUAAUUAUAAAACACUACACCUGUACAAGUAUCUUUUACUGGGGAGCCGAAGACGUUAUAAAAAUAGAAAGUCUGGGAGAGGAAAAAAGAAUCAAAAACGCCUUCAGGUGCCGGUGAUUAGAGUGGAUGAUUGUCCCCAGAACACCCAAGUGAGCUCAGAGCCCGUGGAGAUCAAUGUCUGGGAUGAGCAAGAGAAACACAGCAAGAACUGGCUCACUGUGUCUAAUUUCAGUCAGCUAAGUUUGGAACGUCUCAGUUACAUGCACCAGAAAAUGAAAAAUCAAGACAUCGGUAGGCAUACCAUACCGUUCUGUGAUUACCUGAGGCAUUCUCGAGAGGAUUUGAGUAAUAGCAUGUUUGGAACCACCAAGAAAAGUAAUCUGAACAGGAACUCCUCGUUGAGAACUUCAGAGGAAACUGACAAUAUCUUCACCUGCUUGAAAACAUCUCAAGAUCUGCAUCAUCACUACUCAGCUGUUGAAAGAAACAACUUAAUGAGACUUGCUCAGACCAUACCAUUUACACCAGUCCAGCUCUUUGCUGGAGAGGAGGUGACAGUCUAUCGGCUAGAAGAAAGUUCACCUAUGAACCUUGAUAAAAGCAUGUCUUCCUGGUCCCAGCGUGGUAUGGCUGCAAUGAUCCAAGUCUUGUCACGGGAGGAGAUGGAUGGGGGUCUGCGGAGGGCCAUGAAGGUCAUUUGUACUUGGUCUGAGAAUGAUGUAUUAAAGUUGGGACAAGUAUUUAUUGUGAAGUCUUUUCUGCCAGAGGUGGUUCAGACUUGGCAAAAGAUCUUUCAUGAUGGCACAGUGUUACAUCUCUGCCUGAGGGAGAUCCAACAGCAAAGGGCUGCCCAGAAGCUAAUCUAUACCUUCAAUCAAGUGAAGCCUCAUACUAUUCCCUAUACUCCAAGGUUCCUGGAAGUUUUCCUCAUCUACUGCCAUUCAGCGAACCAGUGGCUGACCAUUGAGAAGUACAUGACUGGUGAGUUUCGGAAAUAUAACAACAACAACGGAGACGAGAUUACUCCUAGCAGCUUGCUGGAAGAGCUGAUGCUGGCCUUCUCUCACUGGACCUACGUGUAUACCCGUGGGGAGCUCCUUGUCCUGGAUUUGCAAGGUGUUGGGGAAAACCUUACAGAUCCAUCUGUGAUUAAACCUGAAGACAAAAAAUCUGGAAAGAUGGUAUUUGGACCAGCAAACCUAGGAGAAGGUGCAAUAAGAAACUUCAUCACAAAGCAUCGUUGUAACUCUUGCUGCAGGAGGCUGAAACUUCCUGAUUUGAGAAGAAGUGACUACACACUGGAAAGGGUCGGUCCAGCCUUCGAAAUAGAAAUGGAAACAAGUACCAGAGGAGCUGACAAUGCAGAUGAGCCUUUGGAGUAUGACACAGGGCUGUGA